GCCAACUUUGUGCGUGAUGCAUUUUGUAAUCGGAAUUAGGAAUGACGAAUAAUUGUUAGUAGGAGCUUAGGGAUUAGAAUAAUAUGUUCAAUGUUGGUAGAUACAUGUUCUAAGCUUUCAAAUAAUUAUUAUUGAAAACGUCAAACAGCCAAGUCUCAAACGUGUCAUUCAGGAAACAGAACAAAACAGCUACUUAGUAACUUUAUUGCUUUCCCGGUAACAGGAAAUUUCAAGUUCCCGUGUGGUAGUUGGUAUGCAGGAUGACAAACAAUCUCCUGAACCACCAGUGGAAAAUAAUGCACCAGUGUUAAAAAAUUCCAUAUCAAUAGAACAUUUUGUACCAAAAGUUGGAUUAUUGCAUCAUAGAGAAUCAUUGCAAUUGAUACUAUGUAAGCCCAAAUUAAUGCCAUUGAAAUCUAUGACAUUGGAAAAAUUACAAAAGAUGCAAUCCGAAGCAGAAAAAAAAUUGUCAAAUAGAUGAUUAGAUAAGUUUUAAAAUGACUGUGGGAAUAUUUAGCGCUGAAGUUAUAUUUGCUUUUAUUUUAACUACGGUGAUAUUAAACCGU